CGGUAGACUCGACAAUGCAGCUCGCGGGCACCGACAUCUACGCGCAGCAGUAUGGCCAGUUCCAGCCAGGACUGUACAUGUCACCGCAACAGCAGACACCCCAGUCUCAGCAAUCAACACCUCAACAACAGCAACAACAACAACACUCCCUCUCCCCGCAACAGUCUAUGCAGCUCUCACCACAGCAAGUGUUACAUCAGCAACAACAACAACAGCUCCAGCAACAUCAACAGCAACAGCAGAGAGACGGCAUAGCGGACUCUCCGGAGAGGGACGAUGAUGAGGACUCGAACAGCCCCAAGAAGAAGUUGAAAAAGGAUGGCACGCUCAAGCGGAAGAAAGUCGGUCAUGCGUGCUUGUACUGCAGAAGGAGCCAUAUGACGUGUGACGAGGGGAGACCGUGUCAGCGAUGUAUCAAGCGCGAGAUCGGUCAUUUGUGCCACGACGAUCCCAAAGCGACGUUGUCUACGAACGGGAAACAAUCACAGUCAGACACACCACCGGCUUCUGCGGUAACAACGACGUCCCAGGCGGCUGGUCCGAUUUUCCCUGGACCACCGCCGUUGGAUAUGAGCGCUGUGGGUGGAUCGAGUGGGAUCAUAGGGCAGCAACCGUUCAUCAACGGCCUUGGAACUAUGGUGCAGCAGAACAACCCGUGGGAUUUCAUGCAAGGUGGAAAUAUGUUUGCGAGCGAGACUCUUGGGAGCGAGUUUAACGUGCUAAGUGACUUCUUGGAGACGCUUGACGAUCGGACGUUUUUCACCAAUACGCCCACACUACCGUCACUUGGCAGUCUGGGACAAGGGGGAGCGACGACGACGCCGUUAGACUCGGCCCGUCCUACUGCGAGCCCAACAAGGGCCCAGAGUCAUGCGGAUCUAGGAGGGUACGGCGUGGGAGCGGAGCUUAUCCCUCAAUCGGCGACUUCUACCACGGGCGUCAACUUCCAUCAUCACCAGUCGCAGCAGACGCCCGUAGUGGACGGCAUCUCCCCACAGCCACAGCACGCGUCUACCAGCGAGCAGCAGGCUAAAGUGGAGCUCCUUGCUGCCAUCCCGGGGGCGACCAAAGAUGAGCGGUAUCUGCUUACUGCUGCCGACCAGGAACCGGGGACAAGAGAUGAACGGCUUGCCAGGGUCAUCAGGGCCAAGUACGAGGCUGGCCUGUUGAGACCGUUCAACUACGUUGUGGGGUAUCAACGGUUGACGCGGUGGAUGGAGAAACAUGUUUCGCCCGAAUCGAAGACCGCUAUCCAGCAAGCACUGUCCUCCUUCCGCCCUGCGUUUCGCGCCAUCGCUCAAGGGUUGCGGGAUAUUGACCUUGUCUUCAUCGAGGAAGCGUUUGAGCGCCUGUUGCUAGACUACGACCGCGUCUUCUCCGUCAUGGGCGUACCGGCGUGUCUCUGGCGGAGGACGGGCGAGAUAUACAAGGGCAAUAAGGAGUUUGCGGAUCUGGUCGGGCUACCGCAUGAGCUUAUGCGCGAAGGCAGACUGUGCAUUUAUGAGCUGAUGGCUGAGGAGUCGAGUGUCAAUUACUGGGAGAAAUACGGCCAAAUCGCGUUCGACCUUGCGCAAAAGGCGGUUCUCACCACCUGCGUCCUGCGCUACAAGCCGAACCUCUCUGCUGCAGGAAACACCCGACCCCCCACAUCUAUCGGCAAGCGAAAACGGGAUCGGGACCGGGAGAGAGCGAGGGAGUUGAGGGAGGAACAACCGAAACAGGAGAGGUUCAUCAAUUGCUGCUUCUCGUUCACCAUACGACGGGACUUGUACGGUAUCCCCGUCAUGGUCGUCGGUAAUUUCCUCAAGUGCUAACUUCCUUCGUCUUCCUCUUUCUAUCCCUCUGCACGAUACUACAUCUAUGGACCCUCCGGCCGGAUCUGCCUGUUUCUUCACGGUAUCUUUUGUGGUCUAUUUGACUCUUCU